GUGGAAACACUGGGGGGGACUCCGCCACUCAGAGAAAGAAGUGGGCCCAAUCCCUUUACAUUGGGGAGGCGAUCACCUUCACCGACAAGGAUCUGCCUCCGGGUACGGAAUCACACAGGGACGCCCUCGUCAUCCGAUGUGAGAUCGGGGACUCCAUCAUCCACCGUACUUACAUCGAUACGGGGAGCUCCGUCAAUGUGAUGUACUUGGACACCUUCAAGCAGCUGAAGCUGGACAGAGCUCUGCUGAAGCCGAUCAAGACCCCGUUAUCCGGCUUCACCGGGGACUCUAUCGACGCCGAGGGCACGAUAGUCCUCCCCGUGGAAGUCGGUGA